AUGCGUGUGCAGCAAUGGAUCAACACGGCAAGUGGGUUGAAAGUGACUGUGGAACUAGAAGAAGUUUUGUUUGUCAUGGUAAGUGAAAUGGCAAAAUUGCAGUCAAUUAUUUCAGACUGCACAUUUACAUUUAAAUGCAGAACAUUACUAUGGUCUUUUUGUCUUAAAUAUGAAAUCUGUGGACUUGCAGGCAACAGUAAUACCAGUGGUCACAUUUUUGUUGCUGAGACCAAAUCAUGGAGGGACGCUCAGAAUCACUGCAGGGGCUUAUUGUCUGAUCUGGUCAGCAUACACUUGGCAAAAGAGAAUGAGGCUGUACAAAAUGUGUCUGCGUCACAAGAUGUGUGGAUUGGCCUCUUUAAAGAUCCCUGGAAGUGGUCUGAUGGGAGCAACUCAUCAUUCCGUGACUGGAAACCCUUUCAGCCUAAUUACCUUGAAGGUCAGAAUUGUGUUGCUGCUGUAUUCAAUGAUCAAGGGAAGUGGAAUGACCUAAAAUGCAGUGGCAAACUCCAUUUUGUUUGUCGUGGGGCAAAUAAAUCCAUUCCAACCACCAACCAAGUUAAUAUGACAACUCUUCCAAACACAUCUCAAGAGGUCAUAAUAACAUAUCACUUUACUGUGGUUUCUACCAAUCAUUCAAACAUCAUUAAUGUUACCACCACUGAAGCAACAACUGCCAAUGAACUGACAACACCAAAUACCACAGACAUUGUGUCAAGUACCUCAAGCACUGAGCUCAACAAUGCAACUGCAGAACUAUCAACUGUGACAACAAUGCAGACACCUCCCACAACUACUGUGCACACAACAACAGAUGGCGCCUCUGCAUUAACAACACUGAAUGAGACUCUAAAGCCCACUGAAAUGGCUCCAGGAAAUCUGAUACUAAUCCAGGAAAACGUGACAUGGAUUGAAGCUUUGAGUUACUGCAGGGAGCACCAUAUUGACCUUGUCCACAUUACGACCAAAGACAUUCAGGAGAAGGUGGCUGAAAAGGCAAAGAAUGCCACCUCUCCCCACGUCUGGCUAGGUCUACGCUACACUUGUAAUUUUAAGUUUUGGUUCUGGACCGGUUCAACUACUGCCUGUUACCUGAACUGGGCACCGGGACAAGGAUCAGAUGGGAAAUAUGACUGUGGUGUUACAGGUGCCAUUGAGGCCACUGGGAGGCAGCAGUGGGUAGGCUUGCCUGAGACAGAAAAACUGAAUUUCAUCUGCUCUGCAUGUGCCGGAUGAGUGCAGAGGGCCAGUGACACUUCAGAGGAGGAAGAGUUUUAAAAUGUGUGCUAGUUAAACAAGCAUUGCUCUUUCACAGUGCUAUGUUUGCAGCUACUAAUUUAAUGUUUUUGACAUAAAUUGUAACAUAAAGCUGAUCGACUUCAACAGAGAUAUGGGUAUUUUAACGCUCCCUCAUGACGUCAUACUUCUACCUUUGUUGAAAUACAGCUGCCUUCUCUAUUGUUCAGAUUGAAUUUCAUUAAAUAUGAAAACCUCAUGUGGUGUGUAGGCGUGCACAUUCACAGUCAUGGGCAGCAAGAGUAAUGUGAGAACAUUGAUCUGCUCUAUGCUUUUCACUCAGGGGUUACUAUUUGCAUGUUGACCCCCUGGGUUGGGCCCCCAAGACUGUCUUUUUUAGACCACCAGAGUAUGGCCCCAAUGCAGACUGCCUGCUGCCCUCACUGACCUGACCUUCACUAGCGGCAGCAUGGAAGACAGAGCUCACAGACGCUCACCUUCCUGUCUGCACCCUUGAGGUGCAUGGAGCAUCUAUAACCAUGGGAACUGGAAAUGAUACAACAUAUUCAUUGAUCAAAAACUGUAUUUCAUCAAUCUCAAACUGUAUGACAUUAAUGCAACAGUGAAUAUACUGUUUUAACUGUUAUCAGACAGCUUGUUCCAUAGAACCAGUCUUUGGAUGAAAAUCAUAUGUUGCUUGUGUAUUUUUAUUUUAUUGUUUUUACUUUUCACAACACAGUAAAAUUCUGCUUUUUUAAAAAAUGAAUAUCUCCUGAUAAAUAUUCGAAUGGGCUUUAAUUGUCAGCUGGUACAUUUUAAAGUCCAAGAUCUCUAUGAGUUAAAAAAAGAAGAAACUGUGUUAAGAAUGGAGGAAAUAUAUUGUGUUUAAUACUGUUAGUUAUUAUAACUGUCAGUUAAAACUAUUGGAAAACAAAUGGUGAUACUGGAUGCAUA